GUUCUGCAAUCUUUCUGCCCAGGCCCUCCGUCCUUACGACAGCGCCUACGGUGAUUGUCCACAUCGCUCAAGUCAUGUCCCUCGUCAGCCUCCCCGCAGAGCUCUUGGAGGCCAUAUUCGAACCUCUCAGCACAUCGACUCUCGUAUCCCUCGCGCGUACAAGUGCCGACUUGUACGCUAGUGCAAGCCGUCUACUAUACAGUCGCGUCUCCGUUUCGACCUACGCCCACAAUCUGUCCGCCGUGCGUACACUCGCGACACGGCCUCAUCUAUUGCCCCUCGUCCGUUCCUUCUCCAUCAGUCUCGUUGAAGGACAGGACGAGGUCGACGAAACAUACUUCGCCAUGCUAUAUCAGGCCAUACGCGGCAUGGAGAAUCUCACCGAUUUAGAGAUUCACAUCGACGCCAGCUUGAGCUGGGUUCUCUUCGAUAAAGCUCGUUCCCCUGACCUCACGCACUAUCCCAACUUGGCGAACUUCUCCUGUUCCUUCCCCCUGGAUGUGAACGUCGCACGCUUUCUCGAAGGGACGCCGUCCCUGCAUUCAUUGCAGGUAGCGGCCUCACCUGACUUCGUUAUUCUCGCCAAAACCGCUAUACCCUUCUUGUCCACGUACACGGGACCAGCGUGUCUGCUUCCGCAGUUGUUGGGUUCGCGUCCCCUCACCACCCUAUUUCUCUCAGGCGACCUCGCACCCGAGGACGUUGAGUCACUCGCUUGGACACCAAACGUCCCGAAAGUCCCAGGAUCGCCCGAGCCAGAGCAUGGAACUACGAGGGCGGCCGAGAUGUCCAGGAUCGAGACGCUCAGCGCAAUCACGAGCGCACCGCCAGUCGCAGUCAUCGCAGCGCUUACAAAGGCGUGUCCAAACCUUACGAGCCUGAGGGUGAUAACAACCUGCGCCUUCUGGGAAACGCCAGACACUACCUUUUACGGCCAGAUCGCGAACGCUCUGGCGUCUCUUCGUUCGCUCGGCGCAUUCGAGCUCGGCGGCAUGCAAUGGGAGUUCCGUCCCAAGUCUGUCGCCCCGGCAGACAUGUGUCAUGAGAAGGAAUGGCUUUCCCCGCCUGUUUCUCCCCGCUCGGCCGACACAGACGGGGCGGCUGCUUACGAUAGCGACUACGACUUUGAAAACGCCUUCAUGGAAUGGGGUUAUUAAUUGCCUCGCUCCACGGCUGGCCUCGUGCCGAGGUCAGAUGCGGUCUGAUUUCCGCCUUUUCUGCAUCCAUCUCUUGCUCGUCUCAGGGUUUCAUGCGUUUCACUUUUUCUCGGGCUUCUGGGGUUUUCUAGUUGGGGCUCUGGGGGGUUUUCUGGUCGGGCUCUGGGUUGCGCACUGGACGGACGUUUUCCUGCGCAUGGUCACACUUCGUAUUCUGCCAAACAUCUAAUCUUAUACCCUCCUGCGUAGGAUAUCAUACCAAGCUUUGCUAUUGUACGCCUACUCACUCAUAUGCUUCUGCGAGUCUAUUGUAGUCUAGUAGCCUGCCUGUGUGUAUUUUUAUCGAAAAGGCGUAUACAGUAGCUUACUUUGCUUGGUGGCUAUAUCUUCUGCCCUUGGCGUAGCUAGUGUACAGUUGUAAUUCUCUUGUACCGCCUACCCUUAAAUUGUAUAUUCUCAAACCCGCUUUU